AUGACUGUGGCGCUCAUGAAGGACAGCUUGACAAGGGCCUUGUGGAUGGAGGAGGGCUCCGCGCUGGAUGUUUUCCGUCUGGCUCUCCAGCUUUGCUCCCCCGACCGAGAAGCCUGGGCUGCCUCCCUUCACCUCUGUCUGCUGGCUUCCAGUGGGUUCCACCUGUGGGCGGCGCCAGGGAAAGAAAGCAGAGUAGGAGACAGGAGCAAACGAAGAAAAGAGCUGGGGGGGGGUUGUAUGGGCCAGAGCUUGCCGUGUGCCCUCCAGGACUAG